AAACGCGUCAUCAAAAUCUGAUUUUAAAAUUACUUCUGAUAUCAGAAGAAUAAAAUAAUCUCCAUUGAUAAUAAUAAUUAAUAAACAAGAAACAAGACAGUGAAAACCAUUUUUUUUUGUUUUUGUUUGCGCAAAAAUUUACUUUCAGCUGUGUUUAUCAACUGGUCUUUACGCAAUAUUGCGUUCCACCGGAAUCACAUAAAGAUAGCCAUUUUCUAAUUCAUUCGCAUUUGACCUUAACGACGUUUGGCAUCGUCUGUGUUUACAAUUUUUAGUUAAAUUUAUUGUAAAUCUGUGCUCGUAAAAUCUGCAGUUUUUGUUUCUUUGAUUGGAUAAUACGGCAACGAUGGGUCCUAAACUGGCCCCGAAGUGUUCCCACUGCCAUACGUGCACCUCGGAAAAGUGGCACACCGUGGAGAAAGGCGUGACGCUUUGCAUCCCGUGUCAUGAGCGCCAGGAGAAGGAACAGCUUGAACUAGAACGGGAGCUGAAGGAGAUACAAGCGGAACCACCAGCACCGGUGCCCUCGUCGACGACAACAGGAACGGUGGCCAAACCAGAAUCGUCAAGUCAUGCCGCAUCGGAUCAGACUACUGGGAAGGAUGAAAAGAAAGAAGCUGGUUCCCCGGAGGAGGUUAAAGAGGAAGCAGAUGAGAAGGACGAAAAGGAUUCCAAUGCGGAUGCGAAAGAGCAACGUCCGUUACCCUCGAUGAGCCCCAGGAAACUUCGGAAGAAUGUGAGAAGUGCACGAAAAGGGGGCGGUGGUGGCGCUGGUGGGAACGGUGGCAAAGGCGGUCGCUCAAGGAGGUUUAUAUUUAAGAAGAAUCCGAUGAAGGCUCCCACGAUUACGGUGACGACGCGCACAGUUGAAACGCUGUUCCACAAUAACAUUUACUACCAGAUCGGAGACAUUGUUUCGCUGAUGGACGCCAAGGAUAAUGUUUACUACGCUCAAAUCCAUGGACUGCAGAUCGAUUCGUACUGCGAAAAGUCGGCGUAUAUCACGUGGCUCAUUCCGACGACUGUGAGUCCCCCGCCGAAGCAACGAUUCGAUCCGUCGUCGUACCUGAUUGGACCGGAGGAGGAUAUGCCGCGUAAGCUGAGCUGCAUGGAGUUUGUUAUGCACGCCCCGAGCAGUUACUAUCUGGAUCGGCGCAACCCGUACCCGCGGCCGGACAGUUGGGGACCGGAAAAUACGUCCCAGGAGGACAACACCAACUUCGUUUGGGCGAAUAUAUCCCAUUUGUAUCAAUGAUAGUAGUUGCAUUCGGUUUCUUACGUUAAGAAAUUCGUUGUAACUAAGACCUCACGAUAAGCUUAGAUUUAGAUUGCAUCGGCAAUAAAGAAGUAUCAACCUCUGAA